AGAGCCACAGUGCGGCAGGAAAACCGCACCGCGGCACCAAGAGAUUGAAUUGAGGAGGGAUUGCUAAACACGUAGGUUAUCCAUACCAGAAUACAUGGACAUGAAAGGCAGAAGCCGUCUGCCACCAAAGAACCCAAAGAAUGGAAAUUUCUCUGUUUUCAUUCCGGUCAAAGAGCAGUUUUUCCUCUGAAAUCCAAGGAAACCUUUCCAGCUUGGUCCGACGGAGCCCAUUUGAACUGGUAGGGAGCAGAAUGGAUGGAAAACACCAAGACUAGCGAUUCAUUGUGUCAACAAGACUGAAAAAUACGAAAACGCAGCCAGCCUACCAUUUCAUGACUGAAAGAACCUGUAAAUAAUCUGCGGAAAGACACCGCAGCUUUUCAAUUUACAGUUCAAUUUAUUGUUUUCCCAGUAGUGGGAUGCUUUGGCGUUGUGUUGCUUCCUAGGGUCUAACAGUACAAUUAAGGGAGAAAUAUGGGUGAAGUUCAGGACGUCAGGGAUGUUCAGAAGACAUUCGUUGCUCCAGCAAUAAAGUCUUUUGAGCACUAUGACUUCCCCCGAGCCAAAAUCUGUUGCAGCCUCACAUGGCUGGUGGCCAAAGCGUACGGGACAGACAGCAUCCCAACAGACUUGAAGGAUCCCUUCUACACAGACCAGUAUGAGCAGGAGCACCUGAAGCCUCCCGUGACCAGCCUCCUGCUGUCUGCAGACCUCUACUGCAGGGCCGGCAGCCUCAUCCUGAAGAGCAACGCCGCCAAGCCUCUGCUGGGCCAUGAUGCCGUGAUCCAGGCGCUGGCACAGCGUGGACUCUACAUCACCGACCAGGAGAGACUGGUCACUGAGAGGGACCUUCGGAAGAGGCCUCUACAAAUGAGCGCCCAUCUGGCAAUGAUAGACACUUUGAUGAUGGCGUACACAGUGGAGACUGUGAGUGUGGAGAAGGUGAUGGCCUGCAUUUGUCAAUAUUCAUCCUCUAACCCUGAUGUGGAAACACCGUAUGACACAGAAGAUGCAGUGACCACCUGGAUCAACAAGGUAAAUGAAUAUCUGAAGGACAUUGUGGCUCAGGAGCAGAGGAAGAAGGAGACGCAGAGUGCUGAGCCUGCUGGGAGUCCUCGGUCUCCAACCAAGUGGUACAUGAAGCUUGUGCCUGCUCGGUACAGGAAGGAGCAGGCCUCGACCCAGCCAGUUCCCUGGAUCCCCCCAGUGGACAACCUGCUGAAAGACAGCACAGACGGCUCGGCCCUGGGCGCUCUGCUGCACUUCUACUGCCCUCAGCUGCUACAACUGGAUGAUGUCUGUCUGAAGGAGAACAUGGCGCUGGCUGAUCGGCUGUACAACCUGCAGCUCAUCCAAGACUUCUGCAAAGACAACCUGAACAGCUGCUGCCACUUCAGCCUGGAAGACAUGCUCUACGCCUCCUCCACCGUCAAGAAUAACUAUCUGGUGUUCAUGGCAGAGCUGUUUUGGUGGUUUGAGGUGGUCAAGCCGUCUUUUGUGAAACCAAGAACGCUGGGCAACGAAGGCACAGAUCCCUCUUCCUUGUUGAAGAGUAUUCCAGCCAUCCCCAUCUCCAAGGCAACUAAGAGAAGCUUCAUGGAAAGAUCCCCCAGUCCUGAAAGACCCAGUUUGCCCCUCCGACCCCAGCCUAGAAACUCAGGAGAGAUUAAGAGGUCAACCUCAAUGUCCUUUGUUGAUGGCAAUCUCGGCACCUGGCCUAAAGAGAAAAGAUCUGGGCCUUAUGGAGUGUCUUUUGACAUCCCCUUUGACAAAGAGGACUCUGCUCCUGCCCCUCUUUCCUCCACACGUGGCAUGGUCAGGUCUGUCAGCACCGAUGACGGUUCUGGUUUCAAGGUCCACCACCUGCCCCGUGGAAUGAAGCGCAACUUAUCUUUCCAGCCAGUGAAUGGUCAGAGUAUGGGCAUUGAGGAGGAGGGCUGCCCAGACAGCAUAGCUGGUAUGGAGCCUGGCAAGCAAGCUUAUCCCAACGGACAUGGGAGUGUCAUGUCAACAACUCCCUCCAUGGAGGAAGCCCUGCAGAUUAUCCAUAGUCCUAGCAGGCCCCCAGUGGAGGGCAUCAACAACGGUUUCUUCCUGCACAGUCAGUCUACUGUUGGUGGCUUAGAGCCGGUGUCAGAGGUGGACUCCAAAGGACCUCUGAGCACCACAGACACCACAGAGGUGGACACUGGGAUCCAUAUCCGAACAGAGGACAUGCUAGAUGAGGAUUCCUCUCUGAAAGACUGCUCCGUGAACAUGGAGCUGGAUAUGGAUACGCCAAGCCCUUGCCCAAGCAGCCAGAGCAAAUCCCCCACAGGGGUGAAGUUGACCAGCUUUGCUGAACAGAAGCUGAAGAAGAUCAAUCCAUCAGCGCCAGACUCAGGGAGGGGCAGCAGCAGCUCCCUCAAGACCACUCCUGAGGGCUCUGAGUUUGGCCUCCCGUUAUCUGUCUCCUGGGCCCCAACCCCUGAGCACAGCCCCAUCCAUCAACCAACCAAAUCACCCCUUACUGCACAAGCAUCACCAACACCUGUCCAGCUUCCACCCAAUGACCCUGCUCAGGUCAUGGCUACAGAGAUGGUACAGCUGAGGAUGAGGCUGGAGGAGAAACGGAAAGCCAUUGAAGCACAGAAGAAGAAAGUGGAGGCUGCUUUUACAAGACAUCGGCAAAAGAUGGGUCACUCGGCGUUUCUCAAUGUGGUAAAGAGAAAAGGGGAUGGGGCUGCCAGUGGAGAGGAAGGAGGGAAAACUGAGGGAGAAGGCAAGGCAGCAAGCACAAGUCCCGUCUUUAAAUUUGGAAGGAGCAAAGCAGACACACCUGAUGGGGCAGAACAAAGCAACACAGCCUCCUGUUGGACAAAGUCACCCGUUGCAGGAGAGGAGGGUGGACAAAGUCCUGCUCAGCUAACUGAGGUGGACCUCACAGAGUAUACGCGUUCUAUUGAGAAGCUGAACCACUCAUUAGCAUUCCUCCAGACUGAAAUGCAGCGACUUGCUCAGCAGCAGGAAGUCAUCAUGGCCAUGAGGGAGCAACAACAUCAGCAGGCGUGGGUCAUCCCUCCUUCACAUACAAACCCCUCACCGCAAAAACACAGUCGAUCCGGAGCUGUUACUCGAUCCUCAGGACCCUCCUCUCCUGCUGACUCCCCUCGUUCCACCCACCGCUCUCCAACCAGCAUCAAACGAAAAUCUGCCUCCUUCCACUCACGUAAUCCCCGCACUGCUCGUCCCACCGAGCUCAAGCUAGCCCCCUACAAUCGAGUCCUAACCGCCCCCCAAUCAGUAGAUAGCAUCCCAAGGCUGCGUCGAUUUUCUCCCUGCCAGCCUUUGGCAAGUUCCUUCGUUUACAUGGGAGAGAAACCAGCAACCGCCAAUCCGGAGACAGCAGCUCCAGAUGGAGAUAAAAACAAGGAGAUUGAUUCCCUCUUUUCCCCAGAGAGGGACCUUGCCAGUGUAUGUGUAGCCAGCCCCCCCCCCAGCUCCCCCACCAUGCAGAACAAAAGAGGGAAAACAGAAGUAGAUUCAAAUGCCAAAACCCAGGAAACAGAGGCUCACAACCAAUCCAAGAUCACUGCCGUUCACAAAUCAGUUGUAGAUGUCAAACCUACCAUAGAGUCAUCAUUCCCUGAGGUGCUGGCCCACCCUGUGGUAGAAACCUUCACACUGACACCCACAGAGAUCCCUCCCCAGCCAGAAGCUUCAGGCCAAGCAAAGAGCAGCUUGAUUGAGGUUCCUCUUUCAGUCGUGAAACCACUGGAGGACCUGAUCCUUGAUGAUGGUUUGGAGAUGCAGCAGGGAAAUGCGGAAGGCCUGGAUGAGGAGCAGAAGAUGUGUCGUGGUUUCUUCUUCAAGGAGGACGGAAAGGCUGAGGAGAACAUGGCUCAGAAGAGAGCAGCGCUGCUGGAGAAAAGGAUGAGGAGGGAGAAGGAGAGCCAGCAGAGGAAGAUGCAGCAGGAGGCUGAGCUGGAGCAAAAGAAAGAGGAAGCUCGACUGAAAGCAGAGGAGGAGCGUCUCAGGAAGGAGGAGGACAAGGCCAGGAGGGAGUUCAUCAAACAGGAAUACCUCAGGAGAAAGCAGCUCAAACUGAUGGAGGACAUGGACACCGUCAUUAAACCUCGACCAGCCGGUGGCACCAAGCAGAGGAGGGGCAGGCCAAAGUCCAUCCACCGUGACAGCAUGGACUCCCCCAAAACCCCUGUCAGAGCUGCCACAGGUUCACGCCAACGUGUCUUUUCAGUCUCCAGCUUGUCCCUGGCUUCCCUCAACCUGGGAGACAGCGACAGCGUUCAAUCUGAGAAGAGAACACCAAGAAGUGCUAGUUUAGCCUCUGGCAGUCUCCUCCACUUUCUGAGCUCUCCUAAACUGAGAAGGAGAAGGCCUGACUCUGCAGAUGGCUUCCUGUCCCCGAGCCGCUCCAGCAGCAGGAAUGGAGAGAAGGACUGGGAAAAUGGAUCCACAACCUCCUCUGUGACAUCCAACACAGAGUACACUGGACCGAAGCUCUACAAAGAACCCAGUGCCAAGUCUAACAAGCACAUCAUCCAGAAUGCUCUGGCCCACUGCUGCCUCGCAGGCAAGGUCAAUGAGGGGCAAAAGAACAAGAUCCUGGAGGAAAUGGAGAAAUCAGAAGCCAACAACUUCUUAGUGUUGUUCCGUGAUGCCGGCUGCCAGUUCCGCUCCCUCUACACUUACUGCCCCGAGACGGAAGAGAUCAACAAGCUGACAGGUAUUGGCCCCAAGAGCAUCACACGCAAGAUGAUCGAUGGCCUGUACAAGUACAACUCGGACAAGAAGCAAUUUAGUCAGAUACCAGCCAAGACCAUGUCGGCCAGCGUGGACGCGGUGACGAUCCACAACCACCUCUGGCAAACCAAGAAGCCAGCCACCCCUAAAAAAGUAGUGCCUGCCCUGUCCUAAUGGAACUUGUUACCCCAAACAUCACCAUUUCCCCCUCGAAUGGAACAUACCCAUUUCAAUUUGCACUUCAUUGUACAUAUCCAUAAAGAUUCAAACACCUGCAAUGCCAAUUAGAUGAAUGCAUAUAUGUCUUUUUCAUGUUUGUUUUUCCUCUCAUUGCAUUCCUGUCCUUCUUUCUUCUCCUUACUCUGGACCGGACAUGAUAGGACUCAAAGAUUAGGAGCAACUGGAAUGUAUGCCACUGUUGAAGAAUGAUGUAAAUGCUUAUCACUUCUGUGUUUCUAGAGACUGUCACGUUUAAGUCAGUUCACGAAGGCAUGUAUGAGUGUUCUUCUUGUUUCCUAUGUGCCAAACGUCAAAAAAAAGAGACAGUAUGAAUGCUAGGACAUUUUACUCGGUACAGUGAAGCACUGAAUGUUUUUAAUUCAUGUACAGAUUGAUUUUUGUUUGCAUUAUCCUGUUGAUGUGUGGCCUUAUGCUUGUUUUGUUUUAGCGUGUGCGAGUGCAAUGAGAUGGUUGUAAAGCAGCGUAUAUACUGAGGCUCUUUUUGUAUUUGGAGGAACAUGUUUUUUCUUCAUCGCCGUGGGUAAAACAGUUUGUAUAUUAAGGUACGUAAAAACUACAGAGGGCCAAAAAACUAAUUGCAUACAGCUAGGAUCAGCCACAUGGUACACGUGUGUUCAGCUCAACAAAGCCAAGCGGUUUCAGCUUUUUCAGAACCCUUUUUGAGAAGGUGAUUUUAAAGAAUGCAGGACGUUACUCUAGGUCACUGGUUCUCAACCUCUGGGUCUGGACACCUUCAGAAGAUUUGAGCUAUAAUAUACAAUGUGUGAAAAACAUAUUUCUAAUAUACAAAUAUGCUAUCAUGUUAUCAUGUUAUGAUACAUUUCUUUUUCUCGUAAGUAGUUGAAACUUUAAAACUUAAACCAAUAAUUUAGUAAAACUAACCCUUGUAGCAUCAGAGUUGACCUGGUGGUUUGCUGGCACUCACAGCGGGGCUUUACAUGGAAGCAUUGCUUCAGACAAAAAGGUUGAGAACCAGUGUUGUAGAUCACUUUGUUGCUGGUUCACAGCAGGUUUGUGAACAAAUAAAAACACCUCAGUAUUAUUUCUUCUGUAUUUUGAAAUGCUGACCACUGCACCAUGUAGAAACUUUGCAGUAUAUUAAGAUAAUGCACAAUCACACACUCAGCCACUGGUAUCAGGAACAUGACUAAAAUCCAAGACAUAAUGACACCUAAGAUGUAUUUCUCUUUAUAUCUAUAUCAGGAUUUAAAAUGAAAUCUUUGUGCUAGUACUCUCUUGACAGUAUUCAAUUCAAGAUAACACACUACUCAUCUUAAUAAUGUCUGCACUCAUCAAGCUUUAAGGCACUUCAGGUCCAUCAAGCACCAAAAUGUAGUUGACAUAGUGCACACACAAAGUCUAGAUUUCUGAUUAGUUAAAAAUCAAUUGCUCUGUUAUUAAAGAAGCCAGUCAUGCAUCAGUGAGUUACUGUCUGACUCAUUAAAAAUGGCCACACUGUUACAAAAUGGCUGUCAUUUUCAACACAUCUGUGCAUCAGUUGUUCUUUUGUCACACAAAUGUGUGUUAACCCAAACUAAACAUUAUCUGAGUGUGUAUUAGCAGCAUCUGUCGCAUAUGAAUGGAACAUGUCCUAACCAGGCCAGGUUAGAUUUCUUUGUUUUUCCUAUUAUUGGGAGAAUGAAUCUCACAGAAUAAUGCAUGGCAGAAUGGGCAGAUCCUUGUUGCUGCAUACGGGUAAGAGACUCGCUACAGGGUUUCAUUGGUGUCAGCAACAUGUUCCUUUUGCCACAGAAUGUCAAGUCAACACCAUUCGAAGGUAUGAUUUCCAACAAAUCAAAUCUGCCAACAUGGUGCUUUGCUUUUCAACUGGGGGGGGGGUAUUUAUGACCAAAAGAGAGCAUAUACAUGUCUUUGAAAAUGUAAAACAAUAUGACAGUGUGAAGAAGUGAAGAAGUUUCUUUGUUGUUUAUUGAAAGGAUUUGUCCACAGAAAGCUCUGUCCACCUGCUUUUGGCUGUUUAAGGCCAAGGGAAAAGAUUAUUUAAAGUGUAAUGAUAUUGUACAGUGUGUUCAUGUGCGCUCAUACCUAUUACUAUGAUGACCUUGUUUUGUUUGUCAGACACUGUGCUGUCAUUCAACAUAUUGCUGAACAUGUAGUUUAAUUUUUGUUUUUGUUUUUUUUCCUUUUAGCAUUUAAUAAACUUAAGCAUGGCCUCAGCA